AUGGCGACGUCGGCGGCACCCGAUGACUCCACCGUCAGAGAGACGAAAGCGGAGGAGGUGCUGCCCCCAACCCUGGGUUCCGGUUCUCAACCACCAAACCUCUUCGAUGGCACAACAAGGCUCUACAUCUCCUACAUAUGCCCAUACGUGCAGAGAGUUUGGAUAGCUAGGAACUUCAAAGGGUUACAAGACAAGAUUCAGCUGGUUGCCAUUGAUUUGCAAGACAAGCCUGCUUGGUUCCUCGAGAAAGUUUACCCACCGGGCAAGGUCCCCGUCCUGGAGCACAAUGGCAACAUCAUAGCAGAGUCCUUGGAUCUACUCAGCUACCUGGACGCCAACUUUGAGGGCCCCAAGCUGUUUCCUCGUGAUCAGGACCCUGCAAAGCAAGCUUUUGCUGAUGAGUUGAUUGCCAGCAGCGAUUCGGUCAUCAUAGCCUUGUUCAGGGCAGGCCGUGCCCAAGCCCAAGGACAAGGAGAUGAUGAUAUCAGUGAGCUGCUUGCUCCUGCUCUUGACAAGGUCGACAUGGUUUAUGCGCCCUUUGUGGAACGCUUCAAGGAUUUCUUCGCUGCAGUGAAGCACUACGACAUGACACAAGCAAGGCCUAAACUCAAGGAGUGGAUAGAGGAGCUGAACAAGAUAGAUGCCUACGCAGCGACCUGGGGGGAUCGCCGUCUGCAGCUUGCUGCCUUGAUGAACAAGUUCGGGAUACAAAGCCCGGUAGCCUGA